UAGAGAGAGAAGGAAGGAGAGGGAAGCAGGCUGUGCUGCAGAUUCUUUACUAUUGCGCUCUUUAUCUACAAUGUUCUCUCUCUGCCGCUCGGAGGGAAUAGAAAGCAAAACUGAUGUUUGAAGCAUAGUUUCGUUUCUCCCCCAACUGUCUCUAUCUUUCUCUCUUUCCUUUCUUUCUUGCUCUCCCGUUCUCUCUGUUGUGGACUUGCCUAGCCAGAGGGGCAGUAGGACUAAGUGCCUCCUGUGCACUUGUGUAUCAGUAGCUGAUGUCAACCUCACUGACAAUAACAAGAACUGAAACACUAGUUAACAUCUCAUAGACAAACCCUUGUUCUCCUAUCAUCUCGUUUCAUCAUGAAUACUUUGAAUACAGGAGCUAGGAUAUCAGGCUGCUGGACUGUAACAGGCUGCAGCGGGGGCGGAGAGGGCUCCCUGGACAGACUCCUCACCUCCGUCAGCUCUGGGCUGUCACCACGGAAACGGACUACCAGCCAGUGCAAGUCAGAACCGCCCCUGCUGCGGACGUCCAAGCGGACCAUCUACACAGCCGGCCGCCCACCCUGGUAUAACGAACAUGGAACCCAGUCCAAAGAGGCCUUCGUCAUCGGUCUGUGUGGGGGCAGUGCCUCAGGGAAGACCACUGUAGCCAGGAAGAUCAUAGAGGCUCUGGAUGUCCCCUGGGUGGUCCUGCUCUCCAUGGACUCCUUCUACAAGGUUCUGACUCCUGAGCAGCAGGUCACGGCAGCCAGUAAUGACUACAACUUUGACCACCCUGAUGCCUUUGACUUUGGCCUGCUGGCACACAUACUGAGGAAACUGAAACUGGGAAAGAGUGUCAAGAUCCCUGUGUAUGACUUCACCACACACGGACGCCAGAAGGACUGGAAAACAGUGUAUGGAGCCAGUGUUAUCAUCUUUGAGGGAAUCAUGGCCUUUGCAGAUAAAGAACUGUUACAGCUGCUGGACAUGAAGAUCUUUGUGGAGACUGACUCAGACAUCCGUCUGGUGCGUCGGCUGCAGAGGGACAUCACAGAGCGUGGCCGGGACAUCGACGGCGUCAUCAAACAGUACAAUAAGUUUGUGAAGCCCGCCUUUGAGCAGUACAUCGAGCCAACCAUGCGACUGGCUGACAUUGUGGUACCACGCGGAGGAGGCAACAUGGUGGCCAUAGACUUGAUCGUACAGCACGUCCACAGCCAGCUGGAGGAGAGGAAACUGCGCUGGGAUAUGGCGGCCCUUGCCUCUGCCCACCAGGCCCAGCCCCUCCCCCAGACCCUGAGUGUUCUGGAGAGUACGCCCCAGGUCAGGGGAAUGCACACCAUAAUAAGUCAUUGGCAGCAGAGAACUGGAAGGCGAGGCGGCCAAAGGAGGAAUUGGCUUUGGGGAAACAAAGAGACAAGCAGGGAUGAGUUCAUCUUCUACUCGAAGAGACUGAUGCGUCUGCUGAUUGAACGAGCGCUUUCCUUUCUUCCCUCAGAGAGCCAUAUAGUUCAAACACCGCAGGGAGAGGACUAUGAAGGCAGGGCUUUCCACGGGAAGAGGAUCACUGGAGUGUCCAUCCUGCGAGCAGGAGAGACCAUGGAGCCAGCUCUCCGGGCAGUGUGUAAAGAUGUCCGCAUCGGGAAGAUCCUCAUCCAGACCAACCAGGACACAGGAGAACCAGAGCUGCAUUACCUGCGUCUGCCUAAGGACAUCGGUGAAGACCAUGUGAUUCUGAUGGACUGCACCGUGUCUACUGGGGCUGCUGCCAUGAUGGCCGUACGAGUCCUACUGGACCAUGAUGUCCAGGAGGAUAAGAUCCUGUUGGUGUCUCUGCUGAUGGCUGAGAUGGGGGUUCACUCUGUGGCCUACGCCUUCCCUCAGGUCCAAAUCAUCACCACUGCCGUCGACAAGAAGGUCAACGACCUCUUCCACAUCAUACCCGGCAUAGGAAAUUUCGGUGACCGGUACUUUGGCACGGAUGCACCCCCAGAAUGGAGCGAUGAGGAGAUGGAUGAGCCCAGUUACUGAUGGGACAAUGGGCAGACCUAUUUGAAUGAUUCAGGGGUGCGCUGUUUGGAGGAUGAUUGAGGAAUGUGCUCUUCACCCCACUGAGCAGCUACGUACACCCCCUUAUUCUGGGGACCAAAGAAGACACCCUGGAGUACUAGAGCACCUUGAAUUUCACUCAGAUACAGAAAGAGUCAAAGAUUAACAAAGGACAAUUAAUAUAUACAUUAUAUACAUGCAGUUUUUGUAUAUUUCUAUUUGAGUUUUAUGCCAAUGCAGCUGUAAUAGAAAAUGUAGUAAUUUUUGUAAUGUGAAUGUUUGUUUGUAAAAUGUUCUAUUUUUGGUUGUUUGAAUUGUGUGUUUUGAGGGUCCAAACCUUCAUAUUUUUAACUGUGGAUUACAACAUUCAAUAAGAGCUCAUUGCAAAACACACUUUUUUUCUUUCUUUCUCAGAGCUUAAUUAACCUUUCAGAAUGCAAUACAAAAAAUACACAGCCAUAUUGUUCAUUCUCUCUGCUCAUGGAAAGUGCUUUCUUUCAAGGAACACUUUACCGGAAAAUUGUGUAGGCGUAACUUUUUAACUCUCUGGUUUCCCCUCUUCUCUGCUUUGUAGCUACUGACCAAACCACAGUCUUGCAAAAUGUUAACACUUAGUCCUCUUUUCACUGCAAGGACUAAAUAUACUCCCACAUCCUGAUCUACCUGCUAGUCUACCUGUGAGUGGCUCCUCCACCCAUGCCCCGCAGUUCGGUUAGCCUUGACCUUUUUCAUUGCUCUUAAACAUCAGCACUUUAUUCAUGAAGGUUCCUCUGUCUGGGAAUGAUUCUGGGCCUAUGCUGCCUAUCAUAAUGAGGCCUUACAAUGUUGUUGUCAUGCUUAAUGUUUCCUAGUGAUAUCGGUGUGGGCUACACCACCUAGACCUACAUUUAAUUAGUGCUUUGUCUGCAACAUAGAGACGAGAGAGACGGAGAAAAUAUACAGGAAGGAUAUGGUGGUUGUCCUCUUCUCAUGGAAACUAACCUUGAUAUCUUCCAUCACUUUCAUCACUAACCCACCGCUGACACCAAGAAGGCGGUGGGGUAAAUAUAGGAUGACACUGACUUAACCGGUAGGCUAAUGGGCUAUAAAACAAAAAGGUUUUACGAUUCAGAAUAGGCUUACAGUUCUAAUGAACGCUGCCGUGGUGCACUGGAAAGAUGGAUCAUGGUUGUGAGGACAGUCACCAAGACACCUGUCUGCUGCAGAGGUAAAACUCCCACACCAAGGUUGCAAGGUAGGGCUGUCUGACAAAUGGCGCAACAUUGUGUAGGUUAAUAUUAUUUCUAGAACAGAUUUAAGAGCUUUAUGAAAUCGCUUUUAUUUCUGAUCAGGUUAUUACAUUUGGGAAUUUUAAAGGUAGCAUAGGCUUAUAAUUAGCCUACAUCAUUCUGUUUUUGGAGGGUUUGAAAUGGAAUGAGUUUUGAAUUUUAGUCUACAUUGAAAUUGAUUUAUGGAAAUUAAAUUGAAUUUAAGCUUGAUCUGAGCUUUUAAAACUUUGUCACAUAAUGGUUUCAUGAUUCUCCAGACCACAAUAAAAUAAACCAUAUACAUACCAGUACUAUAGCUGAAA